GGAGCAGAGCUAGGACCUCUGGACAUGCCUGAGGCAAAGCCAGCAGAAGCCCCACCUGAGGGCCAGUCUCCCACCACCGAGGAGCCCACUGGCAUUUUCCUGAGGAAGCCGGACUCUGUGUCUGUGGAGACUGGAAAGGAUGUCCUGAUCCUGGCCAAGCUGAAUGGGAAGGAGCUCCCUGCCAAGCCCACCGCCAAGUGGUUCAAGGGCAAGUGGCUGGAGCUGGGCAGCAAGAGCGGCGCCCGCUUCUCCUUCAAGGAGUCCCACGAUGCCACCAGCAACGUGUACACCAUGGAGCUGCACAUUGGGAAGGUGGUCCUGGGGGACCGCGGGGAUUACCGCCUGGAGGUCAAAGCCAAGGACACCUUUGACAGCUGUGGCUUCAACAUUGAUGUGGAGGCUCUCCGUGAGGAUUCUGGGCAGGUUCUUGAAAGCUUCAGGCGCUCGGGUGAAGGGAAGUCGGAAGAUGCCGGGGAGCUGGAUUUCAGUGGGCUGUUGAAAAAGAGGGAGGUGGUUGAGGAAGAGAAGAAGAAGAAGAAGAAGGAUGAAGAUGACCUGGGCAUCCCUCCCGAGAUCUGGGAGCUCCUGAAAGGGGCCAAGAAGAGCGAGUAUGAGAAGAUCGCCUUCCAGUAUGGCAUCACGGACCUGCGGGGCAUGCUGAAACGUCUCAAAAAGACCAAGGUGGAGGUCAAGAAGAGUGCAGCCUUCACGAAGAAGCUGGACCCUGCCUACCAAGUGGACAGAGGCAACAAGAUCAAGUUGGUGGUGGAGAUCAGCGACCCAGACCUUCCCCUCAAGUGGUACAAGAAUGGGCAGGAGAUCAAGCCAAGUAGCAAAUACGUGUUUGAGAACGUGGGCAAGAAGCGGAUUCUCACCAUCAACAAGUGCACGCUGGCAGAUGACUCUGCCUACGAGGUCGCUGUCAAGGAUGAAAAGUGUUUCACUGAAGUCUUUGUCAAAGAACCCCCGGUCCUGAUCAUCAAGCCCCUCGAGGACCAGCAGGUGUUUGUGGGCGACCGGGUGGAGAUGUCGGUCGAGGUGUCAGAAGAGGGCGCGCAGGUCAUGUGGAUGAAGGACGGCGUGGAGAUGACACGGGAGGACUCCUACAAGGCCCGUUACCGCUUCAAGAAGGACGGGAAACGCCACAUCCUCAUCUACUCGGACGUGUCCCUGGAGGACCACGGCCUCUACAAGGUCAUGACCAACGGGGGCCAGUGUGAGGGCGAGCUCAUCGUGGAAGAGAAGCAGCUGGAGGUGCUGCAGGACAUCGCAGACCUGACGGUCAAGGCCUCGGAGCAGGCCGUGUUCAAGUGCGAGGUGUCAGACGAGAAGGUCACGGGCAAGUGGUACAAGAACGGUGUGGAGGUGCGGCCCAGCAAGCGGAUCACCAUCUCACACAAGGGCAGGUUCCACAAGCUGGUCAUUGAUGACGUCAGGCCCGAGGACGAGGGGGACUACACAUUCGUACCUGACGGUUAUGCCCUGUCACUCUCGGCCAAGCUCAACUUCCUGGAAAUCAAAGUGGAGUAUGUACCCAAGCAAGAGCCGCCAAAGAUCCACCUGGAUUGCUCGGGGAAGACCUCGGAGAAUUCCAUCGUGGUGGUGGCGGGCAACAAGCUGAGGCUGGACGUGGCCAUCACUGGGGAGCCCCCUCCCGUGGCCACCUGGCUGAAGGGAGAGGAGGUGUUCUCAGCCACGGAGGGCCGGGUCCACAUUGAGCAGCGGGUGGACACCAGCAGCUUCGUGAUCGAGAGCGCAGAGCGGGGGGACGAGGGCCGCUACACCAUCAAGGUCACCAACCCUGUGGGCGAGGACGUGGCCUCCAUCUUCCUGCGGGUUGUGGACGUCCCAGACCCUCCGGAGGCCGUGCGUGUCACCUCUGUCGGAGAGGACUGGGCCAUCCUCGUCUGGGAGCCCCCCAAAUAUGAUGGGGGGCAGCCAGUCACUGGGUACCUCAUAGAGCGGAAGAAGAAGGGCUCCCACCGCUGGAUGAAGCUCAACUUCGAGGUCUUCACCGAGACCACCUACGAGUCCACCAAGAUGAUCGAGGGCGUCCUCUACGAGAUGCGCGUGUUCGCCGUCAACGCCAUCGGCGUCUCGCAGCCCAGCAUCAACAGCCGGCCCUUCAUGCCCAUCGCCCCCACGAGUGAACCCCAGCACCUGAUUGUGGAGAAUGUCACAGACACCACCACCACCCUCAAGUGGAGGCCUCCGGAUCGCAUCGGGGCGGGCGGCAUCGACGGGUACCUGGUGGAGUACUGCCUGGAGGGCUCGGAGGACUGGAUCCCCGCCAACACGGAGCCGGUGGAGCGCUGUGGCUUCACCGUCAAGAACCUGCCCACGGGAGCCAGGGUCCUGUUCCGCGUGGUGGGGGUCAACAUCGCGGGGCGCAGCGAGCCAGCCACCCUGGUGCAGCCGGUCACCGUCCGGGAGAUCGUGGAGCAACCCAAGAUCCGCCUCCCGCGGCACCUGCGCCAGACCUACAUCCGCAGAGUGGGGGAGCAGAUCAACCUGGUCAUCCCAUUCCAUGGGAAGCCCCGGCCGCAGGUGGUGUGGACCAAGGGCGGCGCGCCCCUGGACACGAGCCGCGUGCACCUGCGGACCAGCGACCUGGACACGGUGUUCUUCGUGCGCCAGGCGGCGCGCUCCGACUCGGGAGAGUACGAGCUGAGCGUGCAGAUAGAGAACAUGCAGGACACCGCCACCAUCCGCAUCCGAGUCGUGGAGAAGGCAGGGCCAGCGGAGAACGUGCUGGUGAAGGAAGUUUGGGGCACUAACGCCCUGGUGGAGUGGCAGCCCCCCAAAGACGAUGGCAACAGUGAGGUCACAGGCUACUUCAUCCAGAAAGCCGACAAGAAGACCAUGGAGUGGUUCAACGUCUACGAGCACAACCGCACCACCCACUGCACGGUGUCGGACCUGAUCGUGGGCAACGAGUACCACUUCCGCGUCUUCUGCGAGAACAUCUGCGGCGUCGGCGACUCGCCGGGCGUCUCCAAGAACACGGCCCAGAUCCUCAAGCCAGGGCUCACCUUCAAACCUCUGGAGUAUCAGGAGCACGACUUCCGCACGCCCCCCAAGUUCCUGACGCCCCUGCUGGACCGCGUGGUCGUGGCCGGGUACUCAGCUGCCCUCAACUGCGCCGUCAGGGGCCACCCAAAGCCCAAGGUGGUCUGGAUGAAGAACAAGAUGCAAAUCCAGGAAGACCCCAGGUUCCUGAUCACCAACCACCAGGGGGUCCUGACGCUGAGUAUCCGGCGCCCCUCGCCCUUCGACUCGGGGACUUACUCCUGCCUGGCCGUCAACGAGCUGGGGGAGGCGCUGGCCGAGUGCCGCCUGGACGUGCGAGUGCCGCACUGACUGCCGACAGGAUCCGCCUGCUGAGUCUGAACCCCGACCACCCUGCGCCCCCUCCCUCAGUUCGCACCCAGAACAGGAGUCUUGUCUUCCGCUC